GCUCAUAUAGCAGUCCAAGCAAUGACAAUGAUGAUUGUUUCACUAUUUUUGCUAGAAAUUUCUUUAAGGAUAUUUUCCUCUGGAAAAUUAUUUUUUAAAAAGUGGCUGGAGGUUUUUGAUCUUGUCAUAAUUUUGAUCUCAUUUGUUGUAACAAUCGUUUACCUGUCGAUAACAUUUCAACAUAACAGUUAUGCCAAACUUAUCAUUAUUGGUCGUCUUGUGAGAGUUCUCUUAUUUUUCCGUAUUGUUGCUGAUAAACAACAGUUUGAAAGAGCGUCCCGGAGGAUGGUUUCUCAGAAUAAGAGGAGGUACAGAAAAGACGGCUUCGAUCUAGACUUAACAUACGUCACAGAAAAUGUUAUAGCGAUGUCGUUUCCAUCGUCCGGAAAAUAUAAGUUGUACAGAAAUCCUAUUUCAGAGGUGUCGCGAUUUUUUGAGACAAAACAUCCUGGUCACUAUAAAAUCUAUAAUUUGUGCAGUGAAAGAGGAUAUGAUCAUUCCAUGUUCAAAGAUCAAGUGUAUCGCUUGAAAAUUGAUGAUCAUAAUGUUCCAAAAAUUAAGCUUGCAUCCCGUUUUAGACAAUUAGUGGAAUUUUGCAACGACGUUAGACAAUGGUUAAAUUCUGAUCCCGAAAAUAUUGUGGCUAUGCAUUGCAAAGGUGGAAAAGGACGAACUGGAACUGCAAUUUGUACUUGGCUUCUGGCCUGUGGAAAAUUUAGAGUGUCCCAGGAAAGUUUAGAAUACUUUGGUAAACGUCGUACUGAUCUAACUGUGGGGAAAACAUUCCAAGGUGUUGAAACUCCAAGCCAGAGUCGUUUUGUUGGAUAUAUGGAGAAAAUAAUAUACGAUUUGAACUGGAAUGUACCAGAAGCUAUUCCAAGAAAAAUUUCUCACAUAAUAAUUGAAGGCAUUAAGAGUGUUGGAAAUGGUAACGGCAGUGACUUACGUUUACAAAUAAUAAUUGAUGGCCAAGUUACUUUGGAAAGACCGGUAAACGACAAGUUGGGGCAAAAGGUAUCAACGGAGGACUUGAAUGAUGCAUUGGACAAACUAACAAUAUCUUUGGGAGAAGAAUCACCUGUCAUUACAGGGGAGACAAAGAUAAUGUUCUUUUCAUCAAAUAAGAAUGUUCCUGUUGGCUAUGACAAUUGUGCUUUUUACUUCUGGUUCCACACAGGAUUUAUACAGGAAGACAGUUUACUGCUGACAAGAAACGAGUUGGAUAAUCCCCACAAAAAGAAAACCUGGAAAUCUUUCCUCUCCAAUUUUUCUGUCAAAUUGAAAUUUUCACAUUAACAAAUCACUCUGAAUAAUUUCACAUUCACAAUUUAAAUUUUGAUAAUGUGUAAAUAAUUGUUGUAAAACUCUAUAUAAACAAA